AUGACGGAUUUCGAACAAUCAAUAAUAAAUGCGACGAAGAAAAUAAUUGGAGUUGAAAUACACACUUGUUUAUUUCAUCUUUGUCAAAGUCUUUAUCGUCGUAUACAGACAGAAGGGUUACAAAAUCAGUAUAAUAAUCCAGAAAAUCGUAACAUAAAGAUCGCAGCUCAGAUGACCGGUGCUUUAGCAUUUGUGCCGCCAGAAAAAGUAGUCAAAUCGUUUGAUGUUUUAUUAGAACAAGUACCAGACGAGUAUAUGCCAAUUGCAGAAUAUUUUGAGAUAAAUUACAUCCGUGGGAGACAAGCCAGAGGUCGGAGGAAAGUAACUGAACCCAGAUUCCCUCCAAAACUGUGGAACCAGUACCAUUCAGUACUCCAACGAUUGGCAAGAACAAAUAAUUUGUCAGAAGGAUAA